CAACAGCGACUUUCGUUUGCACUUGUAGGCGACGAUGGAGAAGAUGCGUCACGCCGAGGAGCUGGUGAGGGAGUUUCUGGUGUUCCGCGGUUUCACCAACACCCUCGAAUCAUACGAGACCGAAUUGCGCACCGACAUCGGCAAGGGCUUCGAGGUCGACAAGAUCCUCGACCUAAUCUUCUCCGUCUACGUACCAAAGUUCCACGCCGAUAAGCUUGUGGCGCUUCUUGGGUUCUUCAAGCACUACCUCUCUUCCUCCUCCGACACGCCGCUGGUCUCCACGCUCUUGAAGUUGGAGGCUUCUAUUCUACGCUUUUAUGUCGUCCACGCCGUGCAGUGCAACCGCAACGACAAGGUGGUUGAGUUCUUCGCGCUCUACGGCUCCGAAUUGUUGCUGAGGUCGCAAGAUUGGACUCAAUGGUUCGCAAUUCCUUAUAAGAAGAACCCGCACUUGGAUCCCGAGUUUCGGGUUUUUUUCUCCAAGGAGUGGUAUCAGGCUUUGCAUCUUUCUUCUAGAAACUUCUUCAGCGAGGUUUUCAAUGCUACUCGUCUACCUGCACUGCUGAAGGUUAGUUCGGAGAUGAAUGCUACUAAUGUACUCAAAAGAGAUAUCGUACAUUUAAAUCUGAAGUUGUCCCAACUUCAGGCUUUGCUUGAUGAGAAAGAGGCACAGUUACGUCAAUUUAGAAGUAUGGAUGGGAGUACUGGUUCACAAAGCAAUUUACGUGAAGAAACUGCUCGUACGGUGAAAAAUUCUCCGGAUGUUUUUCCAACUACCACCUCACAAAUAGGUCAAAUCGAGGUUAUCCAAGAUUUAGCAGUGGGUGAACUCGGAAAUAUUCAUUCCGAGUUGAUUGGCUCCACAUCUUGUGAUGAUUCAGCUUUCCUAUCUGAAGACUGUCUGAGGAAUGGCGGAGCUGACGAUGCCAGUCUAAAAGAAAACGAUGGGGAUGAGGAUUUUUCUGAAGUCAACGUAGAGCACCAGGAGACAUUUUUGGGGCACACCAGUCCAAUCAGUCGAUGCCGCUUCUCUGCAUCUGGAAACAAUAUUGCCAGUGCUUCUCUGGAUGGAACUGUCAGGAUAUGGACUUAUGACACAUCAACACCAGUGUCUAGAAACGCAACCAUAUAUUGUGGCACUGAAAUUUUGUCCCUUGACUGGGAAUGUAAAUCAGACCGCUUGCUUCUUAUUGGUACAUCCGAUGGGUGCAUUAAAGCAUGGAAUGUGGAUGCAAAGAGAGUCGUCUGUGAUCUCAGCACAACUGAAUCAUUUCCAAGUGUAUUGGACCUAAAGUGCAGUCCUGUGGAACCUAUUUUUGUGUCUGCAGCAGCAUCUGGAGGUGCUGGUUCCAAAUAUGUUGACAACCUGGGUUUCGCUUCUCUAACUGUGUGGAACAUGAAGACUUGGAAAGCCAUGACAGUCCUUCCUCUUGGUGAAGAUCCCCCAGCAAUUACUUCUCUAUGCUUUAAUCACAAUGGAAAGAUUUUGGCAGCUGCUGCAGUUGAUGGAAUGAUUCACAUGUUUGACAUGUCUGCUGGUCUACAAAUCACUGGCUGGCCAGCACAUGAUUCUUCCAUCAGUUCUAUUCUGUUUGGACCAGACGAGACUAGCAUUUUUAGCCUUGGCUCUGAUGGGAAGAUUUUUGAAUGGAGCUUGCAAAAUCAAGGUCAAAUCCUGUGGUCGAGAGACUGUAGUAGGUUCUGUUACCCCCUCAACGGUUCAAAAUAUUUCAGACAUGAGAUGGCAUUAGACGCAAAUGGGAGGAGACUCUUGGUAACAUCCAGUUCAGUCAGAGCGCCCAUAUAUCAGGUUCAUGGUAAUCUAAGUGGUUGGAGAACACUACCGCACGGUGCUCCUAUUACAGCCGUAGAUUGGCAUCCGACCCUGCCGAUUUUCUUGACUGGAUCAGCUGAUAACUCCGUCCGAGUAACAUCUUUGUCAUAGCACCAGGUUGUAACAUGCGAGUUUUUUUAUUAUUCUUUUUUGAGAUUUCAUUGGGUUUCUAUGUUGUAAUAUAUUGGUGUUCUCGCUCUCUCUCUCUAGAUUGACCGAUAGAUGUAUAGAGAUUAUUAGCCGAUCUUAUAUUAUCAGCAGCAUGUUUUACUACUUACACAAAUACCAUUUUUUAUGAAUAUUCCAAAGGCUCAAUUUUUUUAUAAGAACCAACUUGGACUUGAUGUACUGUUUUGUUUUAAGUUGAUGACCAUAUGUUAGAGAUAUGGAAACCUUCUAAGCUA